UUUAUUCAAAAUUUAUUAAAAAUAGAGAUUCUCGAAGAUAUCAUGGAAAACAAGUUUCCUAAAUGCUGGAGGAAGAAACAAGUUGACUUAAAAGCCAAAGAAAUUAUAGAUUAUUUAAACAAAGAUUUUGUUCAUAAUGAUAUAUUUGUAGUAAAGAAUUCGAAUCUAACUUCAAAAAUAUUGAAAUCAAUAUAGACACCAUUUCUACACCCAAAAACAAGAAUGAUUGUUGUUCGGAUGCUGGACCAAACAUGCAAAUGAUACUAAAUUGUCAAAACAAAUCUAAAAAUACAUGCACAAAUAAAUAUCAAUAUUUAGAUGAAGAACUAUUUCAACCAUCUUCUAAUCCCUCUGAUUCUACAAUAAAGGCAAAGCUUCAUGAAGAUAAUAAUUCUAUAAAAAUUAGAAUAGAAAAAGAUUUAAACCAAGAACCCAUAAGAAAUUUUCAACUAAAUGAAAAUAAUUCUGAUGAUAUCAAAGAUCAUCAAAUUUCCAAAGUACUGAACGAUAAAAAUAGUCCAGAAUUCAUAUAUUCAGACGGUUCUUGUUCUUCAAUAAAGACAUCUAGUAACAAUUCAAGAAUCAUUAGUGGAGAUGAAAAUAUUAAUCAUUCUUCUCUUUGAUCAAAAUCUAAAAAUUUGUCUGGAUUUAGUGAGAAAGAGGAAUGCAAGACUCAACCUUCCAAAAAUUCUGAGCCAGAUAACCCAGAAACACCGGAGGAAGAUGUCCCAACCGAAAAAUAUACCAAAGAAGAAAUCAAAGAUCUAAUUGAUGAAGCUGAGGAAGCAGUUUACAAACAAAGAAAAAUAUAUUUCGACCAAUUCAAUUAUAAAUCGCUUUCUGAAUAUUUAAUAAAGAAAAACCAUGAUAAAUUAAAGCUAUGAGUUUUAAAUGAUCUGCUGCUUUCGGAAUAUGACCUUUCUAAUUUGGAAGAAUUCUGAGAAUUCGCUUCAGAUCCAAGAUGAAAAGAUCUGAUUUCAAUAUCCUCACAGAAUAAAAUUACUGUUAAAUUAGACAUGAAGAAGAAUAUAAAAGUUCUUUCAUUAAUUAAAUCAAGGCCAUGUGAGUUUGAGACACUAGAACUGAAGGUUCAUGAAGAAAAAUGUGAGAUUUUCUGCAACUUUUUAACCAAUUAUUUUCCUGAAAACUGUAGACACUUUAAAUUAUCCUGUGUAUAUGGUCACAAACUUCGAAUUAACUACUACUUUAAUUCACUAAUCAACCUGAUCAACAGAGUCACUCAAGAGUUAGUAAUUGACAGUUGGAAGUUAACCCAAGACCAAAUGAUAACUAUUUUUAAAGAGUCUGAAUGUGUCCACUCUUUAAAGUUCAAGUGGUGAAUUCUUACUCUUGAUUCUGUGCCUACGUUUGGAAGUUCACUCGAAGGAUCAAACAUAAAGGAGUUAACAUUGGAUCGAAAUGUUUAUGGGGACAAUGACUAUGGAUUCGAACACUUGAUUCAAGGAUUAUCUCAGUCUAAUGGCUUCCUUGAGAAUUUAAACAAGAUUUAUAUUUAUGGAUGGGGAAAUACUGAAGAAACAAAACAAAAAUUAAAGAAAUAUGUUGACAUUGAAAAAAUGGUCAUUGAUCUUCGAUCUUAA